AUGAGUGAUUGUUUCUUUUCGAAUACAGCAAUGCUAUUAGUUUAUGAUACAGUACCUUUAGUCAUUGAUAAUGGAUCAGGAAUUGUAAAAGCUGGAUUUGCAGGUGAAGAAAUUCCAAGAGCUGUAUUUCCAUCUAUUGUAGCUAGACCAAGAUAUAAAGCAUCGAUGGUUGGAAUCGGUCAGAAAGAUACGUAUGUCGGUGAUGAAGCACAGGGUCAACGUGGAAUCCUGACAAUAAAGUAUCCAAUUGAACAUGGCUUCGUUGUCAAUUGGGAGGAUAUGGAGAAGCUUUGGCAACAUACAUUCUACAAUGAGCUGAGAGUGUCACCCGAAGAUCACCCAGUGCUACUGACGGAACCACCACUGAAUCCGAAAUCGAAUCGUGAGAAUAUGGCACAGAUCAUGUUUGAGUCGUUCAACGUGCCGGCACUCUACGUUGCAGUGCAGGCGGUGCUGGCACUCUAUGCAUCGGGUCGAACGAAUGGCAUCGUUCUCGACAGUGGCGACGGCGUGACACACACCGUUCCGGUGUACGAAGGAUUUCCGAUGGCACACGCAAUCAUGCGGAUGGACUUCGCAGGACGCGAUCUCACUGCCUAUCUACAGAAACUGCUGAUGGAGCGUGGAUACACCUUUUACACUGCAGCCGAGAUGGAGAUCAUCAGAGAUAUGAAAGAAAAGAUGUGUUAUGUGGCGUUGGAUUUCGAAAAACAGAUGCAACUAUCGACCUCUUCUAUAAUAAUGGACAGGCAAUAUCAACUGCCCGAUGGCCAGAGUAUAUUGUUGGGAAGUGAGCUGUUUCGGUGUCCAGAGGCAUUGUUCCGACCUUCUCUAGUUGGCACAGAUUCUUGUGGUGUUCAUGAACUCGUUUACAAUUCAAUAAUGAAAUGUGAUAUGGAUAUACGUAAAACUCUUUUUGGAAAUAUUAUUUUAAGUGGUGGAACUACAACUUUACCAGGAUUUGCCAAUAGAUUACAAAUGGAACUUGAAUCACUGACGUCUGAAAUCUAUAGUGCUACAGUCAAAGUGAUAACACCAUUGGAAAGAAAAUAUGCUGUUUGGAUUGGUGGUUCGAUUUUAGCAUCACUUUCAUGCUUUAGUAUGUGCUGGAUUUCAAAAGAAGAUUAUGAUAUUAACGGUGCUGCUGUUGUACACAAUAAUAAAUUAAAAUGGAAGGGUACUUGGAAGAUGGUCAAUAAAUUAUCGAAUCAAACAAAAGAUAUAACAUUUGAGAUUGUAGAUGACAAUCUUAAUAUCUUUACUUUGGAGUGUUUGAAAAAGUAUAGUAGAUUGAACCAUUUGGAGUUACCUGCUGGUGCAUCUAUCAACAAACAAUCAUUCAUUACUCUUAUCUCUAACUAUCACAAUACAAAGACAUCUUCAAUUUUAAAAUCUAAAGAAAUUGUAGAUGACGUUGAUGAUGACGUUGAUGACUCUAAUAAAGAAAAUAAUAGUUCAAUUGUAAAUAAUAAUAAUAGUAAAAACAUUAGUAAAGGAAAAAGUGUUAGAAAAGUAAAGACAGUAACAACAACUACGACAAAAUCAAAUGCAGGUUCGACACCAAAGAAGAUUAAUAACAAGUCAAAUAAAGUAGUCAACAAAAAGAAAGUUGAACCUGAAGUAGAGGAAGAGGAAGAGGAGCAAGAGGAAGAGGAUAAUAAGGAAAAAGAUGAAGUAGAAGAAGGUGAAGGUGAAGGAAUGACAACAGAGGAGAAAGAGAAAGAAAAUGAAAGUGAAAUUAUCAUAAAGGGUAUCCUUAAAGAUGUUUCAAAGAACAAGAAAAAAAGAAGAGCAGAGAAAGACAUUAUCGAACGCUACGAGAGAGAGCUAUACAUGAAGGAGCGAGAGCGAGACAAGAAAGGAUACAAUGCACCUGGUUCACCACCUUCGCCUUCAUUCAAGCCGAAGCAAUGGCAGAUUUCUCAUCUCGAAGAGAUUCAGGGUGGCGAACAAGAAAGAUUUGACACUGACACCAUGUCCAAAGAAGAUCUCAUCGAAUUGCUCGAAAUGAACGACCUCUCAACAACUGGUACCAAAACACAGUUGAAGAAGCGAUUAGAGAGUUAUAUUUUAUCUGUAAAUGCUCAGGAGGAAGAAGAUGAUGAGGAUGAUUCUGAUUCUGAAGAAGACAAUAGUAAUAGUGAAGAGAAAGAAGGAGAAGAAGAUGAUGAAGAGGGAGAAGAAAGUUCAUCAGAGGAAGAAGUUGCAACACCAAUUAUGAAACCAACUUCAAGGAAAUCAAUUGUAGAUUCAGUUAAAAAGACAAUGUUAAAGAAAAAUAAUGAUAAUAACAGUAGUAGUACCAAAAGUGAUAGUAAUAGCAGCAGUAGAAAGAAAAAUAAAAAACUUCCAAGUAGUCCAUCGUCAGAUGAAGAUGAGAUCGAAAAGAACUGGAAGAUCUGGAGAGAUACGAACAACAACAACAACAAAGGUGACAACUCGAAAAAAAAGUCAAACGAUGCAGCCAACCUAUACGAUGCAUUCACAAGUACACUUUAUGUAGAGAAGAAAAAGAGAAAAGUAAACUAA